GGAAGCAGCAUUUUCUGGUAUCAUAACUAGUAUGAUUUGGCGUGUGUCAGAAUGGAAACACGGUGUUAACCUCGCAAAAUCAAAUGCUCUCAACAUUUGUGUUUCUCGGCGGUUUUUCAGUGACCUUUGACACAACAAAAUGGCGGCACUCUUGAAAAAUGAAAAGUUUCUCAGAGUAUCAAACUCGAUUGUUUCUUCCACAAGUUGCAAGCGAUGGGGCAAAGUAAUACACCAGGCAUCAUAAGAACAAGACAGACAAGACAGAAAAAUGUUUAAGAAGAGAAAGAAUCCAUCCUCUGACAAGAGUUUCCCGUCAUUUGAGUCUUUCCAUGAGGGGAGCCAUGGGAAGGCCAGACCGGGAGGUUUUAGAUCAGCUCCUUCUACCAAGAGGCUUCACAAGGAGUGGUCCAAAGCUGGAGAGGGAUUUGCAGGUUUCAGUCUCGAUCCCGACACAUAUGACAGAGCCCACAGCAGCAGGAAACGGCCAAGAGUGGGAUCUCAGGAACAGCCAGGCACCUCCAGUCAAGAAAGAAAUGAAGAUACCUUUGAGGAUAUUCCCAUUGAGUGGAGUGAAAGUGAGGAUGAGCAAGAAGCUGACAGCUUAUCAGACAUUAUUCCACUUUCUCCUGUGCAAUCAACAUCACGGGAAGAAGACAACAUCAUCAGCAGCUCUGACCAAUCAGAUGCAGGCUUACCAGCACAGCCCCGGAUCAGCCAAUUGGCAUCCAGUACACAUCAGAGCCAAUCAGAAUCUACACCUCCUAUUUCUGAACUAUCAGAAAGCACCUCACCAAGUGUUAAUGCUAGUCCAAGAAACUCAACAAGUAUGGCAAGACAUACCAUUCCUAAAGUGCAAGGAGAUUCAAGAAGCAAGCAGUUUUCACAUCUGAGCAGAAUUCCACAAUCUUGUGCAAAGGUUCAGAGUUCUGUGAUACAGAAGCUGCUGUUACAGAAACCUAAAGUAACAGCAGAGGAUGUAGGGAUCUCAGACUAUGAAUCUGCAAGUUCUGAUGAGGCAGAUGGAGGCAAGGCUGCAUCACCCUUGGAGGCAGCCACAGGUUCAUCUGUGUCCAUCUCAACCCCUGAUCCCUCCCCAGCCAAUCCCAGUGCUGCUAACAAGGGCACACCAAAGACAGGCUCUGAUUGGCUGAAGAAGGUCCAAUGGCAAAUCAGCUCACCCAAAGAAGGAGACAAUGAGGAGGAGCCUAGAGGACCGUUAGACUCGACCAGGAAAGGCAAGAAGUUUGUCAGGGGAGGGUUAGCAGAACAGCUGCAGAGACUACAGUCCAGAGAGCGUGCCUCCAUUACCUUCUGGAACCACAAGGUCGCCAACUCUACAUUUGACCCCUCAGAUCAAAAGACAUGUCUGAUGGUGAAGGUGCUAAGCUCGUGUGUGGAAUGCAGUGUGCACAUCACCAAGUGUAAAACCCUGUCUGGCCACACUCUGCUGGGCGAUGCACAGUCUCCAUAUGUGAGUGUCCUGUUCAACAAACAGACAGCUGAACAACUUGGGCUGGAGCCGGGAAACACUGUGGCUAUAUAUCCACCCUGGCAGAAGCUGAGUAUUCCUGGGCAGAACUAUCCAUUUCUGCUGUGUACGUACUAUUGUCAGACUGUCACAGAAGGCACCAUAGAGGGUCAGGAGAACCUGGAAGUUGAACAGCGUGAGAUUAGAGGCCCAGCCCCCAGUCUGGUCACCAACUUGUCCCCACAGAAAGUCCAGUCUGUUCACUCCAUGUUGACCUCGACCAGGAAGUCCCUCAGGCCUUCCAAUCUCUUCCCUGGCACCUCCUCAGAGGGAGAGGCCAGUACAGCAGUUGAUGAGGACAGUGCAGCAGGAAAGAACAGGCUGUACCCUGUAAGAACUGGUCAGGACCGGCAGCCACCAGUCCGAUCCUUCCUUGAGGCAAUUGAGGGGCUGGCAGGUAGAGCAUCAGCAGGCUUACAUGUGGUGGCCACUGUACAGAGAGUAUGGUGCCAGAGUCAUCAAGCUACCCUGGGACAACAGGCACUGCUACUGAGGGCAGCCAGGUCGCAGACAUCAGCAGUCGAGCCCACAUCAGAACACAGGUGGCACUUGCUGUUAGAAGAUGGCCAUGGGGUGUUCUGUGAGCUGCAGGUGCCGAACGUUCUACUGCAGGAGGAGGGGUGGGCAGCAUGCUUACAUGGAGGGGAGGGGAAGGAAUGGGUGUUCUCUGGGCUCAGAGUCACUCAUCGUGCCAACAGGGGUCGAAUGCCUACCUUGUUCAGCCUGAUUGACUCAGUGUGGUCUGACAGUACAGCCAGGGAGUCCUGGGCUUCUCAACAGGACAGUGAACAAUCCGAGAAUACAUAUGUGGGCAUCCCAACCUGCCUACCCCCAAGCUUCUGUUACCUGGUGUCGGCCAGGUCAGGUGAGAGCAGAGUGGAGCCCUCUACAGACAACCUCACCGGCAGUUUGAGGGACAAGAGUGAGAAAUUAGAAGACAGUUCUGUCUCUCCUGUAUACAAAUCUCCACAGGUUGUAACACUCGCAGACAGUGAGGAGACUGCAGCAGACUCAGCCAGGAUCAGCCUCUAUGUUAAACUGAGAUUUUGGAGAUCACAGCCAUCUGAAGACACCAGUUCCACAAGGGAGACAGGACAUGUUCUAUUUGUUUGGGAUGGCUCAACGACAGACUCCUCCCAACCAUAUUCCAAAAUAACAGUACGGCAGUCAUGUGUCAUCCCAGAACAAGUCUUAGACUUGAUGAAGCAGCCUGGUGCCAACUUGUUUUUGAAGGAUCUACUUUGGGAAAGAGGUCGAGUGUUAACUGCAGAUGUUUGCAGUGUUCUACACCAAGCCUGUCCAGAGGGUGUUGUUACAGAGUGGUGGCAGCAGGUCACCCCUCCAGACGUGUGGAACAGUCUGACUGCAGCUGGGACACCUGGCCUGCAAGUCAUCACCUCCUCUACCAUCCUCCACAGUCUGGUACAGGUGCAAGGUCAGGUACUGAGUGUGGAUGAAGACACAGCAUUCUCAUGGCCAGAGUGUGACACCUGUGGUAACAACAAACUCAUCGAACAAGAAAGCUCACUACAGUGUCCAAGCUGUGACAAGACUGUGACUGAACCACUGACCAGAAUGAGCCUUGAGGUGUACGUGGACUGUCCAUCCCUCGAAAAGUCUGGUAUUGUCAAAAUUAAACUGUUACAGGAUAGUAUUCAGCAGCUUCUGUCAAAUCAACAGGCUGAUGAUGAGGGUUAUGAGUUGCAGGCAGUGUUGGGGCAGGAGCUGAGGUCUGUGGACGGGUACCUGGCAUCUAUCAGUAGGGACCCGGCAGGGGAGAGGGUCCUCAUGGUAGAGGAAAUACCACAGCUACAGGAUGUAGAAAUGACUGCUGAAUCGUGAACAUGUUAUGGUGACUGUGCACUUGACUCCAGGAAACUUAUGAAUUUGUUUCUCCAUAAUUUGGGGCUGCUGGUAGCUGCAGAAGUUGCCAUAAUAGACAUAGUAAUGACAAGUAGUUGACUUCACUUACAUUUGACAUUUUAUAAUAACUGUACCUGUAAAUACUUAGGUACUUAUUUCAGAUGCAGUUAUAGCCCGGCUUACAUUGUGUAUUGUUAGCUGUGGCAAAGAAUAAUUUUUAGUGAGAAACUGAAGUCUAGAUUUCAGCAGUGAAGUGUUUUUAUUAAUGUCAUGUUUUUUGUUAUAGCCAUCUUGCAAUGCUUCAAACUUCAGAGAUAUAUCAGUCAAAUAUGAGUGUAGCCUUGGAGAAAAUUAUUGCCUCCUUAUUGGUGUCAAUUGGA